AGCUCACAGCCACAUAAGCGUUCUAGUUCCAAUUGUUUCAAUUAGCCCCUCACUUGCUCAAUAUUAUGCUGCAUCUGGGGCCAAGAGCUGCUUUCGAGAAGUUAUGAAGCUAAGUCUAACUUGCCUGGGAGCCAUUCUCUUGCUUCCGGAAGUCCUGGCACACAAUACGUCAUACGUCAAGCGAAAGUGUGGCAAAUUGACUGAAACCGCAAUAGCCUGCUUGAAUACUACAAGUGCAGAGGGACUACCUUCCAACAUCAAGAGAAUAAUGAGGAGAGAUGGUUUCAACAAAAAGGUACUGAGCUGCUAUUACGGAAAUGAAAACGUUGCAAGUGCCAAGAGUAUGUGCCAAGGCCCUAAGUCGUUACAACUCCUCAUGACUUGCAUGAAAACUACAUUAUUCUCUGUUAAUAUCGGGCCGUCAUACCACAAGUCCGCCUUGCUUGAUUUGGCGGACAGAAUUGCGGACUGCCUCGCCACUAGAAUGCAACUUCAUAUGCCUUAUGGUAGAGUCGCCAUUGAAUCACAAACGGAAACAUGGAUUAGUCCGAUUCCUUAGGAUGCCCUCUAUAGCACUGAUGCCUCGGAGCAAUGCUUAUUUUCAAAUAAAACAUAGGAUUGCCAUUGUACACUUGUCGCUAUAAUGUUCCAAUGGGCCA